UCACACGCUGUGAGUAGAGUCGCUUCUUUCGUACAGAGACAGUGUUUCAGGCCUACAGACAACAAAUGGAAAACAGUUGCAUUUGAUAUGAUGGACUUACAGUCUGAUGUUUUCUGUUUCUCUUUUAAUACUUCUCACAUUUGCUUCAUUUGACCCAUGCAUUUCAAUGUAUCUGGCUUGUCUCAAUUAGUUUAUAUGCUGAUGCGUGCUUACUAACAUCUGAUUCAGCCAGUGCUGAACAUGCAUGCAUGUGUUUCCUGGUGUAGAUGUCCAUCUCGAAUCAUAGUGAAAGGUCAGUAGAGACUGUGAUUGACAGGCUGUGAGUGGUGUUCCUGUCCAGAGCGGGCAGUGAUGACGGUGACAUACUCGCGGUGGGUGGCAGAUGCACGUCUGGGCACCUUUUAUCGCCUGCUCCUGCGGUGGAGAGGAAGCAUCUACAAACUGUUAUAUCGAGAGCUGCUGAUCUUCACAGUGAUGUAUGGCACCAUCAGCAUCACGUACAGGUGUAUACUGACUGAAGAGCAGCGCCGAAUGUUCGAGAAGCUCUCCAUCUACUGCGAUCAAUACGCACAACUGAUUCCUGUGUCGUUCGUACUGGGUUUCUAUGUGACUCUUGUUGUGACUCGUUGGUGGGGUCAGUUUGAGAGCGUCCCGUGGCCGGAUCGCCUGUCAGCGCUGGUUAGCGGACACGUCCGGGGGGAAGAUGAAGGGGCCAGACUCGUCCGCAGGAGUCUAAUGCGUUACGCCAACCUGUCGGGCAUCCUGAUCUACCGCUCGGUCAGCACCGCCGUCUACAAGAGGUUCCCGACCAUGAGCCACCUGGUUCAAGCAGGUCUGAUGACGGCGGAGGAACUGAGGCACUUAGAGGAACUGCCCUCCCCUCAUAAUAAGUUCUGGGUUCCCUGCAUGUGGUUUGUCAGUCUGGCCAUGAGAGCUCGAGCUGAAGGACGCAUCAAUAAUGACGUCGCAAUGACCGCCAUCCUCAAUGAGUUGAACACAUUGCGCUCUCAGUGUAUGAGGCUGUAUGGCUAUGACUGGAUCAGCUUACCUCUCGUUUACACACAGGUUGUAACCGUGGCUGUGUACAGUUUCUUUUUGGCUUGUCUGAUUGGUCGGCAGUUCCUCGACCCCGCCCAGGGUUACCCGGGUCACAACCUUGACUUCUACCUGCCCGUCUUCACCUUACUGCAGUUCUUCUUCUAUGUGGGCUGGCUCAAGGUGGCAGAGCAGCUCAUUAAUCCGUUUGGGGAGGAUGAUGAUGACUUUGAGACGAACUGGCUGGUGGACCGUAAUUUACAGGUGUCUCUGCUGUCAGUGGAUGAGAUGUAUGAUCUGGUUCCUCUGGUUGAGAGGGAUAAAUACUGGGAUGAAUCUGAACCUCAGCCGCCUUACACAGCUGCCAGCGCCGAACACCGCAAACCCUCAUUUAUGGGAUCUGCUUUGGACAUCAGCGUUCCCAAAGAGGAAAUGGAAUUCCAGCACAAUCUGGAGCAGAUUAAAGAACACGAGGAAGCCAAUCAUUCCACUCCAUUUCUAGGUAGCUUGAGUCGCAUUCUUGGCGUCCAGUCGCCCAAUUUCCCUCGCUCGACACCCACAUCCCGAGUCUCCCUCCUGCGGCGGCGUCCCCGCGCCCCCUUCUCUCGUUUCCCCCUUUAUCUCCAUCCCGAGAGCUCUCUGAUGCCCGGCCAUGCCCGGAACGCUGACAUGGAGGAUGCAUUCUCAUCCAUGCCUCUAUACGAAAGACCCGGUUUCUACAGUUGCCCUCAGACGCCCAUCCACUGUGUCCCUCCGUCCAUUCCUCGCCCAAGACCACGAAGAGCACACGGCGACAGCUCCAGCUCCCUGGCGCAUCCGUUGAUGGGCUCGCAAGUCCUGGCUCCGCCCGAAACGCCCGUGCCUCCUUCCUCUGCCUUCCCUUGGGUGGGUGAAGACAGCGAACAUUCGGGUCCCGCCUUCUACUUUCCAGACCCUGUGCCCGAGCUGUUACCCAAAGUACGGCAGAGUCAAGGAUUGCCGUCACGCCGCCCCCUGCCUCUGCGACUCUCUUUGGAGACAACACCAUCUCCGUCUACACCCGAAAGGGUGUUUUCUUUCACCCCUCCAUCUUGGUCGCAAGCUCAAAUCAAUACCACCAGUUCAGGGAGUGUGAACGCAGCUGCAACUUCAAACAGCAACAACAACCUAUGCCACGGCGUGGCAAACAACCCCUGGCCAAUCAGCAGAAGCACCACUGGAAGCACAGCCAAUCCCGUCAGCUCAAGCCCUACGGCGACUCAGCAGACAGCCAAUCAGCACAACUCUGCCAACGACUCUGGCAUCUCAUUGGCUGAGGGGGAUCUGUUGGGUGCAGCGGUGAAAACAAAGGAACAGCUCUGAAUUGGGUGGAAAAUACAAGUUUAGACCAGCAUAGAUUUUCAUCCAGACUGGUUUAGAGCUGGUCUAGCAUGUUUUAGCCUACAUUUAAGACAUUUUAAGAAACCUCAGUAGCGGAAGUCAUCAUAGCUGCGUAAACAUCUGCAGUGGUGAACAGAAAUUCCUAUUUGCCCCAACAGCAAAAGAAGAAGAAGAAGAAAAAGAAAAUAAAUUGAUGGUAGACUUUCUGACAUUUUAAAAGAGGAAAAAAAUAUUGAGAGAUUGAUUAAUGUUGAGAAGUGAGAAAGAUGAUAAAUUGCCAUCACUCCUUUAGCUGUUGACUCUAUUAGCAACACUCAUGCAGAAACUAGUUUUAAGUUAACGGCAAGGUAAUAAAACACAUAGUGCUUUUUACUAAAUAUUGAUAUUUUAGAUCAACUUUGCUUUGUCUUGUCUAUGUAAUGUGAGUCAUGUGAUCUUCACUGUCACACUCAUUGAUAAUUACCAUUUGCAUAAACAUUAUUGCAGAAUAUCUAAAAAUAUGUAUUUUUUAGAUUAUAAAACCAAACUGUAUGAAAAAAAGAAAAGAUCCAGAUCCACACAGAGAUCCUUUCCAAACUGGUGCAGAACAAACCUCCCAAACACAAUGCAUCAUGGGACUGUGACAGAAUCAAAUGGUUUUGUAUCAACCCGUGCACUUUACACUAUUAUACGAUUAUUAAUUUUCAGAAUGAGAUGAAAAGAGGGUAAAAUCAAACCCUGUUUAUUUCGGCUUGAUUUUACUGUGGAAUAUUUCCAGUCAGCACGCAAAUGUUGAACUUUAUUAUUUUUGCUACUCAGAAGGUAUAUAAACAUGCAUUUCUUCUGUAUGUAGAUAUAAUGCACAUGUACCCAAUGGAAAACUAGCAUGUAGAGCUUUUGUUUUGCAGUGCAUUCACAUCUACAUUUUGUAUUAAUCUAUUCUUAAAUACUUUAUAUAAACUAGAUACAUUUUCAUGA